AACAUGAAUAUGGCCAUGAUAGGAGCAAAUUCUGAUAACUGAAUUGCAGCAGCCAAUCCUCUAGAUUUCUGAGGAUGGCAGACAGCAGCUUGUGUCAUUCAGUACUUCACAGAAAAUGAAAGGGAGAUCUGAUCUGCUGAUGAGACAUACAUGUAGCAUUGAGAGAAGAGAAAUGUGAAACAGUAGUAGUGCAUUUUCUGCCAUCUGGUUGGCAGACUUACUGCCCUACGGUAAGCUAAAGAGGUGCUUAAAGAAUUCUAAGGUAAACACAUGAAAAUAAUCUUGUUUAGCAAUUGCAGAUAAUCUUAUUUUGGGUAAUCACCAAAUAUCCUCUUGAGUGUGCAUAGGUAUCUUAAGAUGACUUAGUAAACGGAGAGAGGGGACCUAGACCAACAGCCAUAACCUACUUGAAUCCAUUGUUACUCAAGAAUAGCUAGAAAAUUUGGCCAACGUAUGGUGUGUGUCUUUUCAUAGGAACUUGAUUAGUACAGUGGUAGUUUUUCCAGAACAAGAGUUUCUGUUCCAAGAAAUUAUUCAAUCACAUGAGUAGCUUAGUCAUUUUGUGGCCAUAUUGUAUAGUGUAUUUAAUAUAACAUGAUGUGUUCCCUUUGCGUAUUUGAGCCAUAGGGAAUGUAGAGGAGGCUCAUCUGCCUGUUGGGAGAGAGGAAAGGUACCACAGGGAUAGUACAGUCCUCUCUUGAAGUGAGAGAAGUGAGGGUGAAUUUACUCGAACUGGUCCUCUUUCUCAGAAGGUAGCUGUCAAAAGUGGAUGGAGGCUUAGCACGGGAAGCAGCAGUGGAAACCUCAAUGCAGAAGUUUAGAAGAAAGGAAAAAAUAAACAAGGGCGUGAAGAACUACAUUGAGUGGCAUUGCUGGAAAAGGAUGAGGAGGUACCUGUUACGACUGAGGACAUGGUGAUGGAAAGCACGUGCAGUGGCUACGUGGGAAGGACGGUGAGGUCUGGGUCUGGGUUAUGGGAGAAGCCCCGGGCGACAAGCCAUAUGAGCAGAUAUCAGAGGAGCUAAUAGCAGAACGAGCCAGGCAACAAGCACAGAAGGAGGCAGAGGAGCUAUGGAGACAAAAAGAAGCUGAAAUUACAAAGAAAUUCCGGGAUGCUAUGGCUCAAGAAAAAGCCAGAAUAGUGGCAGAAAAAUGGAAAAUAGAAAUAGAAGAUCGGAAAGCUGCCAAAUUGGAGGAGGAAAGAAUUCAGGAGGAGUUGAAGAAAAGAGAAGAAGAGGAAAGACAAAAGGGUGAAGAACAAAUAAGGCAGCAGGAGGAAAUCCGAGCAAAAGAGCUGUAUUUGAGCCUCAAGCAAGCUCAGCAGCACAGUCAACACAGUGAUGAUGACCAGGAGUGGGAAGAACAGUUGCGUCGCUCCAAAGCCGCAGAUGAGGAAAGGAGCCACAAAGCACGCAGGGCAAGGGAUGAAUACCGACGGCAAUCCUUGCGAGCCAUCCAGAAGGGAAGAGUGGCUGGUCUGAGUAAUUUGUUCCAGGGGACAAGCCUGAAUAAUGAACAGGAGACAAAACUGAACUGCAACAGUACAAGUCCUUUGCUGUCUCUCUCUGCAGCAUCCAGUAACAUCUGGGAGCGCCCAUCUAGACCCUUUUCUCGAGAAGUCAUCAUUCGUUGGUUCAAAGAAGAGCAGGUACCUCGACGUGCUGGGUUUGAGAGGAACACCAACAGGAUUGCGCAAUGGUUUCAUGGUAUUAUCAGCCGCCAGGAGGCAGAAGAGUUGUUGAUGAAUAAAUCUGAAGGAACAUUCCUGGUGCGAGUCAGUGAGAAAAUCUGGGGCUAUGCGUUGUCUUAUCGCCAGCAAAGUGGGUUCAAACACUUCUUGGUUGAUGCUUCGGGGGAUUUCUACAGCUUCUUGGGGGUAGAUCCAAACCGACAUGCAACACUGACAGAUCUUAUUGAUUUUCACAAGGAGGAAAUCAUCACAUCCUCAGGUAGGGAGCUACUACUGGAACCAUGUGGACAGCAGAAGAAUCCACCAGACUACAGCCCUUUAUUCGAGUAACCAGAACUAACAGUAAUGUGUUCUGGAUAGCUACAGUAAUAGAUAGCUACAAAAGUAAACACUAAAAAGUAAUUAACAAACUUUCAAAGCCACUAGUCUUGUGGCCAAAAUAAAUAUCCUCAUUAGAAGACCCAAAAUAUUUCUGUUUCACAUCUGAAUUAUCAUUAUUAUUCAUAUUGCUAAUAUUCUGAAGAUGAGAACUUACUGUCAGAUUGCAAAUGAAGACUGUUACCAGAAAUUUUUAAGAGGUUGUGGCCAAUUGCACUGAAAGCUAAGUUCCUAUCUUAAUUUUCUUAAUGUUUAAGAUUGAAAAAUAAAAUCAUAUAUUUGUAACAGCUAGAAGUAUGGAUGGGAAUUAUUCAUCAAGUACUGUAUAGAGUACCAAUAUUGUUGAACGGGUUCUUUUUUCCAAAGCAAGGUUUAUCAGUUUCUGUUGACAAUCUCAUCACUCAGUGAUUCACUUUUGAUAACAAGAGAUGCAGUCUUAAAAUGUCCUUUUACAGUUUGUCAUUGCUAAAAUGUUUAGGUAUAGCUGGAAACUUGCCAUCAUGCUUUUGAAUAUAGACCGACAAAGUUAACCACAGCAGACAGUCAGAACAAGGUCAUUCACAUUUUAUUUACGAUUUCAUGCAGUCCAGCUGCCGUGGAAGGAAUUUGACUUCUGUACAGAAAGUGGUUAGUUUCUUCUAAAUUAGUUAUUCUAGUAACCACAACUCACACUGAUCUUGUCAUAUUUUGUGUAGUGAUGUGCAACACGCUGGAGAUUGCUAGCUUUAUUUUGCUAUAGUACCAGAUACCUUCCUUAGCUGAGCUAUAAAUGGUUACUCUAACACCUCAUAAUAAAGCAAAUCAAGAAGUGCAGCAAAUAAGCAAUGCUUAUUAGCUGGAACAGUUGAUCUUAGUUUACAUUUCUCAGAUGAGAAGACAGCUGGGCUUCUUGCAACAAGUAGUUUUACAGUGCUAGAACAUUCUAUAGCUACAGCUAAUAUCUUGAGUAACAAAUUGACUUGGAAGCUAGAUAAAGGGGCAAGAUACCCAAGUUGUUUUGGAAUUUUGUUAAAGUGUGGUCCUCUGCAGGUCGGCAGGGGUGGAUCCCCAAAAUGGAAUACAGCUUUGCAGUUCUGAAUGUAGACGUAAUUCCUCUAUUAGGAUCUACAAUCUCUGUUAAAUGAGAAGCCUGGUAUGUCUGAUCUGGGUCUACAAUACACCUGGUAAAGGUAUAUACAGACAUGAAUCCAGCUGGUGGAGCUCAGCACAGGGUAAUUCACUGUGCUUUUCAAAUAUAGACCGUAUAGAAACCAUCACAGAAAGUUGCGUGUUUUUUUUCAUUCAGUAAGUGCCCCUCCAAAGAGACCCCAUAUCUAUACUAUCUGCUUUCUCAAAAAACUAGCUCUCAUUUUGCACCUUUUAUAUAGGCAUCUCAAGAAUCCCCCCAUCUUCAGGUUAUUUACAGCUGCACAUGUUCCAUUACAGAAGAACUGUACCCCUACUUUACAGGAGAAGGGAAAGGGACAUUUUAAAGUUAAGAAGUGUAAAUAUACAAAGACUCUGAGGCCAGAGAGCAGCAGUUGACUGUAGGACUGAUAGCCCAAAGAGAGUACUGAAUAAUUAAGACGAUAUUUAGACAUCUAAACAUCUUUGCAGAGUGGUAUUUUGCCUUAAAGAACUGUUUGUUUGUUUGUUUAUUUGUUGUUUUUUUAAAGGCAUAAAAUGACUUCUCUUAGGAGAAGUUGCUAAGCAUGCUGGAAAACAUAUAUGCAAUUUCCAGAGUUUUUCUGAAGAUUACUCAAGCCAUUGUACACAAUUUUGGGAAUGUUUAAAUACAGAAAAUUGAAGAACUUGUUCAAUAAGGAAUUCACAUUUGUAGAGAUUAUUAAUAUUACCACUAUUUAUAUUUCUUUCUAGUUACACAAUUCUCAACAACUUCCUGCAUUUUGUUUAGUGGAUAAGAAGGCUUGGAAAUAUGGCUCUGUAUAGUACAUGUCCUAUUGUGAUGUAAUUAACAACCUAACGGCAGUUUCAUUUUCAUUUCAGACUACAUUUCUUACUUCUAAUUUUGUAAAUUCCUCUGCCUAUUCCAUCUAUUUCUUAUGCUGGGUUUUACCUGGCUUUAAAAUAAAUUCCAUGUAAGUUCCUCUGCAAAUGAAAUUACUGUCUGGAAA